AUGGAGGAUUUCCCUAACGCCUCGGCGUACUGUCAAAGGCUCAAGAGUCUUUCUGACCAAUUGAAAGAUGUAGGGGCAGCGGUCGACAACAAUCGUCUUAUGCUUCAAUUGGUUGCCGGUCUCACGGAGUCCUACCAUGGUGUUGCUACACUCAUUCGACAAAGCACUCCCCUCCCUCAAUUCUAUCAAGCCCGAUCGAUGCUCACUUUGGAGGAGGCGGGUUUGGCUAGAAAGGAUGCUCACUCCGCUACGGCAAUGGUGGCGGUUUCUACUCGAGACACUGAUUUUGGGGCUAAUUCGGGUUCGGUGCGUGGCAAGAACAAAAAUCCGAAGAAGAAUGGUGGUGGCCGAAAACAGUCCGGCGGUGGUCAGAGUGCAGGGGGUGGUCGCGGCUCCGGUACUGGCGGCGGCCAGACGUCUGGUGGCAGUCGCGGUGGUCCGGGUCAGCAGGGUCAGCAACAGGGGUGGUCAUCGUUUCCUCCUUCAUGGCAGCAACAAUACCCACCUUGGGGUUGGGUACCUCACUGGACACCCCAACCUUGUCCAUACCCAACUUAA